AUGAUAAGAACUAGCGAAAAGGUGGAGUAUUGCAAAUCCAAAACCAUGACUUGUGACGAUGAUUAUUUAUCAUUGAAAUCUUCGAAGACCCUAAAUAUAGAUAAGGGAGAAGAAGAAUAUGAAAAGUUAGGGAAUGAAAGAAGAGAUGUACAAAAUAUGAAUGAUGCUGAAGAUGUGUCAUUAUAUAAAAAUAAGAAAUACAAUCCAAAAAAAAAUGUUGAUAAAAGUAAUGUUGAUAUGUGUGAGGGAAAUAAUAUUAAAAGUACUGAUAGAAAAAGUAAUAAUACAAAAAGAAACUCAUCAAAAUAUAAUGGUUUAGAAGAAAGAGAUGAUGAAGAAGAUAAUAAUAAUAAUAAUAUGAAUAAUAUGAAUAAUAUGUAUGAUAGAAAUAUUGUGAAUACAACAUAUUAUGAAAAUGUGCAGCAUAUGACUUCUAAAGAUGAGAAUGAGUCCUUUGAUGAUUAUCCAAAAGAAUCUAAAGACUUAUCUGAAAAGCUUAUGAAUAAAAAUAUGUUAGAUAAUAAUAAUAGUAAUAAUAACAAUAAUAAUAAUAAUAAUAAUAAUAAUAAUAAUAAUACAAUUAUGAAUGAAGAAGAUAUUUUUAUGAAAUAUAUAGAGGAUACCAAAAAUAAUGAUAGUUCGAACAAUUUUAUUAAUAAUAAAGAAUUUAUGUGUACCAUGUCAAAAGAUAAAUAUUCCGAAAUGAACAGAUCCACAACAGAAAUAUUGGAUAAUAUGAAUUGUAUAGAAUAUACAGAUGAAUAUAAACAAACGAACAAUCAAAAUUUUAAUAGUACUAUUAUGAUGAAAGAAGAUACAAAUAAGGAUGAUAUUAAAAAUGUUUAUAGAAAUAUUUCUAUGGAUCCUAAAGAUUGUUCAGGAAUAAAUUUUAAUGAAAUGAAUGUAGAAGAAGAUAAUAAUGUUGUCAUUGGUAAUAAUUCGAAUUUAGAAAGUUAUGAAAAUAUGGGAAAUGAAAGUUAUACUGAAAACAUUAUGUAUAAAAAUAAAAAGGAACAGGAUGAAGAUGAAGAUGAUAUUGAUGAGGAAGAUAAAAAUUCAAAUAAUAAUUAUAAUUUAAAUGAUCAUAAUAAUACCAUUGAAGCAGAAAGAAAAAAAAAUGAUACUUUUUAUGAAAAAAAUGAAGAUUAUAAGAAUAUGUUAAGUAAUCAAGAUAUUUAUAACGAAACGGAAAAUGUUAAUGAUAAUACCACCGAAUGUACAACAGUUAAAGAUGUGCACAAGUGUAUUACAAAUAACCAUAUGCAAGAUAAUUUAUUAGAUAAUACAUAUUUACCUAAAGAUGUGAAUAGAAAUUUCAGAAGUUAUGAACAAGUGAAUGUUAAGGAUAAUAAUUCUUUAUUACAUACAACUAUUGGUUGUGAAAAUAAGAAUAAAUCAUAUGUCAAUUUUCCUUUUAAUACCGUAGAAAAUAAAAAUAUACAUAUCAUGAUGGAAGAAGAAAAAUACCGUGACCAUAAUAAAGUCCAUCAUGAAAUAGGUGACAAUGGUUAUAUAAUAAAUUCAAGAGAUGAUGUUGUUAAUAAUAAAGAUUCAUUUUAUAAGAGCCUUUCUCAACAAAUUUAUAUAGAUAAAAAUGGUAGUAAAUAUAAUGUUGACAUUUCAAGUGAUCUUUUUGAAAAGAAAUGCAAUAUAAAUGAUAAGAAUAUGAAAAAUAAUUAUAAUGAAAAUAAUGACAUAUUAAGAGGAGCAGGUCAAAAUGAUAUGCCCAAUAAUAUGUAUAAUAUAUCACAAAAAGGUUUCCAUUUAAAUCAAGAAGGAAUUAAUGAUAUGUUAAGAAACCAAAAUAAUAUAGCAUUUCAAAAUAAUCAAUAUAAUGGAUAUAUAAAAGAUGAACAAAAUAAUAUGAAUAACUUGUGUGAAAGGAUAGAACCAAGUUAUAUGGACUCAAUGUCCAAGAGAGAUAGUGAAGGGACAAAAAGCACUGUUCAUAAGAAUAAUAUUAAUAGGAAUAAUAAUAAUCAUAAUGGUAAUAUAAAUAAGAAUAAUAAUAAUAUUCAUGGUAAUCGAAAUAGUAAUAAUAUACAUGGUAAUCGAAAUAGUAAUAAUAUUCAUAGUAAUCAAAAUAGUAAUAAUACUCACAGUAAUCGAAAUAGCAAUAAUAGUAACAGAAAUAAUUACAAUAGUUUUGUUGUUCCAGGAAAUAUGAACAGUAGUAAUAAUAACGAUAAUAAUUAUAAUAAUGAUAAGAAUUAUAAUAAUGAUAAUAAUGAUAAUAAUGAUAAUAAUUAUGAUAAAUCUUUAGAUGAAUAUUUCCGAAAUAACCUCCCAGAAGAUAUUAUUAAAAACAUCAAAUAUGAAAAUCCAUCCAAUACAUAUAAUGAUUUAUUAAAUAACAGAGACUAUGAUUUAAUUUCAAAGAUAAAAGAAAACCCUGUGUAUUAUGCUUCAGAGAAAGAAAAGAAACGAAUGAAGAAUAAAGAUAUGAAACAACCUAAAUAUGUUUCAAAUGAGAAAUUGGAUUUAGAUGAACAUACACAUAUUUAUAAAAAUAAUAAUGAAGAUAAUAAUAAUAAUAAUAAUAAUAGCAUGAAUAGAGAUACAACUAUUAUAUCUAAAUGUGAUAAUCAUGAAAUGAAUUAUGGUCAAGGAAAUUCUUAUAUACUUCCUACAUGUCAAAGAAAUGAUUUAUUAAAGGAUGAUAGGAAUCCUAUGUUAUCUAUUUCAAAACAAAAGAUAAAAAAUAUUUGGAGCAAAUUUAAAAAUAAUACUUGUAAAGAACAUAAUGUGAAUAGAAUAUCUGAAAGUAAGAAUAAUAAUUAUGUGCACAAAAUGGAAAUAAUGAAUAUUCCAAAGAAAGGAUUAGCUAAUGAGUAUUAUAAUUAUCCAUACGACAACAACAACAACAACAAUAAUAAUAAUAAUAAUAAUAAUAAUAACAAUAGUAAUAGUAUUAUUAAUAAUAAUAAUAAUAAUAAAGAGUGUAUUAAUAAACCAAUAAUAUAUAUGAAUCAUAUCAAUAAUAAUAAUAUGGAUAAACAAAUGAGACCUAAAUGUAUCUUUAAUUGGAAAAUAGCUAAAAAGUCGUUAAUGAAAAUGUUACAUAGUGCACAUAAUUUUUAUUUCAACGGUGUUAAAUAUUCAGAUUGGAAAUUUACGUGCAUACCAACUCUUGGAUUUUCUAAAUCUAGUAAUAGAGUUCAACAAAUGUAUAGAGCUUUUGUUGUUCCAAAAGAUAGUAAUGUAAAAAAGGAAGUUAAAUUAUUUAUUAAAAAAAUUCCUAUAUAUAUAUGGGUUAAACAAUUUAAUUUGAUGAAUGAAUAUGAUGGAGAAUAUGUAACAGAUGGAGAAAAUUUUGUAAUGGAAGCUACGGCUUUAGCUUUUUUAAAUGAGUAUCAUCCAGGAAUCACACCCAAGUUAUAUAAAAUAUUAUAUGAACCAGAUAACAAAUAUAUUAAUGAAGGACUUUCACAGAAAUCUAUGUAUAAUAAUUUAAAUGUUUUUAAUGAUAUGUUAAGUGAAAGAUUGAAAUGUAAUGCUGGUGGUAAUAUUGUUAUCGUCUCUGAAUUUUUUAAUGAAGAUAUACUUGAUUUUAUAGAUCGUAGACAAAAAAAAUAUAAUAUGAAAAUAAGUAAUAAUGAAAAAAGUUUUAUAUUAUACCAAUGUUUAAAAUUAUUAAUACGAUUACAUGAUGCAGGUUUAUCACAUUUAGAUUUAACACCAGAAAAUAUUUUAAUCUCUGAUAAUUAUGAAUUACGUUUCUGUGACUUAUCAAAAAGUACACCUAUCUAUACAUACAAUUUAAGACACAUUAAAGAUAUGAACCGUCUCUAUUUAUUUGAAUCAUGUGAACCUACUAUUGCAAAAGGGGCAUAUAUGCCACCAGAAUGUUGGAAAAUAUAUUGGAAAUAUGAUACAAUGAAAAUAAAAAAUCCUCUAAAAGAUUUAAAGCAUAUUACAGAUCAAGAAAAACGAAAACAAUUUUAUUUCGAUGUUUCUAAUGCUGAUAAGUUUAUGCUUGGUGUGUUCUUCUUUUGGAUUUGGACGAACGGAAAUUUAUGGAAAUGUUCAGAUCCAUUACAAGAUGAGGAUUUUUUCUAUUUCGUAAAAUGUGAUAUGAAUUUUGAUAAUUUUGAGUUAACAAAAAAUUGGCCAAAUGAGUUAAAAGAUAUCAUCAAGCAAUUGUUACAUGUAGAACAGAGAAAGAAGUUGAACUUGAAAGAUCUAAGCGCACAUCCAUGGUGGUCUUUCAAGUUAUAA